AUGACCAGCAUGAAUAUCGGGUAUGAGUUGCUGCGGAACAGCAGCAACCAGAAACCUCAGGCCCCAUCUUUAAACUUCACCCCUGAUCGCAUGAUGCCGGUAUCAACCAUGCAUCGCAUGGCCUUGAAAGCCAGUGAGAAAAUCAUGCUCUUGAUGAACAACACCCACCUGCUCACAAGGCAUCAUCGACUGGCCAACAUGAAUGACGUUCUUGUAUAUCUCACG